AUGGCGGCUCGGAAUAGAAAAACAUCCAUGUCAAAACCUUGUUAUAUUCCUUCUACGCCCCAUGAGGCGGAAAGUGACGCCGGGGCGGGUUCAUCACAGAGCAGCCAUGGAGUGGGCGGUCAGGUGGGCGAGGCAAAUGACGGUGACAAUGUUCCACACACGAGAAAUGGCGUCCUGAGUACUGGAUCGUCUGCUGUGGGAACUGAUGUUAUGGCCACACAACCUUCCUCCUCUGGACUCGUUAGGGACGUCAUCGGGAUAUUUGUCGUUGCUUUCGAUACGAAGGAAGGAAAUCUGCUAGAAUGGUGUGUCCCCCAAGAGUUGCCUCUAGAAGGUGUAGAGUUCCGUGCUCUCAUCAGUGGUGCCCAUACGAUCACAUCCGACUUUAUAUAUUUUCGGCAAGGAGACUAUUUUGGUGCGGCUUGCUACGAGAAGCUGACAGUCCUCUCAGAGAUUGAGCGAGGAGCACGCAUGAAAAGUGUUGGCGUCAUUGUGGCUAACUAUGACACCCUCCACCACCAUUUAGAAUACCUAGCACAGCAAGUAAGGCGUAAAGAGAAAGUAACAUUGCAAAGGAGAGGCAUAGUUGUGUCACCGCACAUGAAUGUUCACAUGCACCGGGCCUACAAGCUACACAUCUGUCAGAGUAUUUGGUCACAUAAGCCUAUUACAUUAUACAGAAAUCAUAGGGAUCCAAUUAUUGUAUCAAUCUAA